AUGCCUGACCUCGAGAACGAUGACUUGACCUUGAAGAACCACUUGCCGACAGGUCUCAAAAAGACUAUUGGAUCACUGGUUGGUGACUGCGGGAUAUGCGGUGUUCUCGUACUAAACGCACAACAAUUUGAAUUCAUAAUUAACUCAUCUACCUCGAGCCACUUGGGCGAGGGAGCAUACUGCACCUGUUGCAAAAUCCACCGGCCAAAAGGAUACUGGGUCGCCAAGAGCGUUCCUAACAUGGAUUGUAAAACCAUAAGCUUACAGAGGGAGAUCCGAGGACUUUCUUUCCUGCGAGAUGUCCCAGGUGUUCAGAAGAUAGUCAUGGUUUGUCCUGAGGAACUAACUAUGAUUACAGUGUUCGCCGGGGACUCCCUCAAGGAAUACUUGAAGAUUAAUGACUGUACCUUCUCCGAACGCCUCCAGAUCAUACAACAGGUCACCCGUACAUUGAUCGCGGUUAACAGUCGUGGAUGGCUGCACAACGACGUUAAAACUGGUAACAUUUGCAUCCAGAAGACCGACAAGGGGAUCCAAGCCACGCUCAUUGACUUCGGUAUCGCCACUAAAGUUGGAAGUUUCAUUAAAUUUAACUCAACAAGGGCCCCCGACCACAAUGCCCCAGAGGUCGUCAAAAGAUGCCCACUCACCACCAAGGCCGACGUGUACAGCGUUGGCCGUCUCCUGGAGCGACUUAUGAAAGAUGAAUUGCACCUCCUUACCCCAAACGCCCAGCAAUGGUUGAUCCACGCCUUCAACAUUGACCCAACCAAACGACAAUCCUUAAAGAAGCUGUUAAAAUAUUUGCCAAGUAACGUAAAGUUAUCAGCACCUUCAUCUCAGGGGGUAAUGGCCUUAUUCCGUGCAGUUGGACUUCCCAGUGUCCCUGUCACCAAAUCG